GUCCUAGCCGGAUUUCCAGAGACUUGGCACGCAGAGGCUGCUGGUCCCGAGGGAAGACGUAAAUCCCGGCAGUCUCCCGGGAGGAGACGCGCCGUGACACCCACGGAACCGCCAGAGUUCGCGGGCGGGGCCGGGGGCCGCCAGCCCCUUCCUGUACCCCUGUCCCGCUUCUCUCGGCGCCCGGAACCUUGAGCGCACGGAACCUCGGUGGCGAAACCCGGGCGUCGCGGACCUGGAAGGCGAUGGAGCAGGCGCGCGGGCCGGGAGCCGAGGCCGACGCGCCGGAGGAGGAGAAGGCGAAGCAGGCGGCUAUGGCGGCCGUGGUGUCCGCUGCGGGUGGCGCGGGCCCGGCGGUCCUACAGGUGGCCGGCCUCUACCGGGGCCUGUGUGCGGUGCGCAGCCGCACCCUGGGGCUGGGGUUCGUGUCACCCGCACAGCUGCGCGUGUUCCCGGUGCGCCGCUGCUCUGGCCGGCCCUCUGGGGGCACGGACGGCAGCGGGGUCGGGGCGGAGCUGGAAGCCAACCCCUACUACGACCGCUAUCGGGAUAAGAUCCAGCAGCUGCGCAGGUCUGACCCAGCUGCCUUUGAGUCCCGACUAGAGAAGCACAAAGAGUUUCGGAAGCAACCAGUGGGACACUCCAGGCAAGGUGAUUUUAUCAAAUGUGUGGAGCAGAAGACAGAUGCCUUAGGGAAACAGCCUAUGAGCAAAGGAUUCACUAAGGACAAGACUCUCAGUUCAAUCUUUAACAUUGCGAUGGUGAAAGACAAAACUGCAGAAGAAAUAAAACAGAUUUGGCAGCAGUAUUUUGCAGCAAAAGAUACAGUCUACGCAGUUAUUCCUAAAGACAAAUUUGAUUUGAUCUGGAGCCGGGCUCAGUCUUGUCCAACAUUUCUUUGUGCACUACCAAGGAGGGAAGGUUAUGAGUUCUUUGUAGGACAAUGGACGGGUACUGAGCUCCACUUCACUGCACUUAUAAAUAUUCAGACCCGAGGGGAUGCUGCAGCCAGCCAGCUGAUUUUAUAUCACUAUCCUGAACUUAAGGAAGAAAAGGGCAUAGUGCUGAUGACAGCAGAAAUGGAUUCCACAUUUCUGAAUGUUGCUGAGGCACAGUGCAUUGCCAACCAGGUUCAGCUUUUCUAUGCCACUGAUCGAAAAGAGGUCUACGGGUUAGUAGAGACCUUUAACUUCAGACCAAAUGAGUUCAAAUAUAUGUCUGUCAUCGCUGAACUGGAGCAAAGUGGACUUGGAACAGAACUGAAAUGUGCCCAGAACCAGGAUAAGAGCUAGAGCUGUCUGGAUUUGCCUUCGCAAAGUCAACAAAGCCCUGGAUAGUUUGAAUCCCACCCACAUCCUCAGCUCCAGAGCUCAGCAUCUACAGUAAGCAGUCUGUAAAGAGUUGCCCUGUAGGCUUAUUGCCAGAAAUGUUUGAAGAUGAGCUCUAAUGCUUGAUAUUCAGGAGCAAAAUAUACAAAUAUUCUGAUAAUUACCUCUCAGCAUACUUAAGGUUUCCUUUAAAUGUUUUUCUGAGCACUGAACAAGAAAUAUUCAGGGAUCUUCAGCACAGUUAACAGGAUUUUUAUAUAGUGUAAUGCUGCAGCUGCAUUCUGGCCAUUUUGACCUCAUAGCUUCCAGUACAUCUUUAUAAGCUUGUGGCAAUAAGCUCGAAGACUUUCUUAAUAAGAUAUUGGCUUUAUGUACUCUUUCCAGGUACCAGUGAGUUGGCCAAAAGCAUAGCCCCAAAAGCCUGGCCAGACACUGAACAACCAGGUAUUUCCAUCGGGAUAAAGACUUCUAGAUGCCCUUCCAGAGUUGCCUUUAGUGUAAUUUAGCAAAUUUCAGGGUUAGUUAAAUAAGCAGAUACAGUGCCUGCAUAUUGUUAAACCAUAGCUUAUGGCACCUGCUCCUUGAACUCUGCCUGUUAGAAGCUGGUGAAUCAGUGCAGUGUAAAUAAAACAUUUUUAUAAGGAAAUCAUUCCAGAUUUGCAUGAUUUUUUUUUAAUUACAUAUUAUAUGAAAACGUGACUGGAAGCAAAUGUCCCCAAAUUGGGCAUAUGGGAAAUGUAGCAGUAAAACAAGUCUGGCUUACAGUCUGUUACACAGAAUGCUGGAACUGAGCUGGAUGUGCUCCAUAAUGUCAGUGCUGUGGGUUGGUUUUUUUUUCUAAAUUCAUCUUGUGAUUUAGCAAUUUCUUGAAAAUACUGGAAAUAAGCAAGUUGUCCUCCAGCACUAGAUAUCUGUGUGUAGUCAGUAGUGUCACUGUGUGGCUCCAAGGUGAGUGAUUU